UACCCCGCCCGCCGGAGCGCGGCCCCGCCCCGCCUGCCCUGGGCUCCGCGGCCGCUGAGAGCUGCGGAGCUGCGGGACGAUGUCUCUGGCAGGGGCGGCGGGGGCUGAGGAGCUCAUUUUCUAUGUGAACGGGAGGAAGGUUAUAGAGAAAAAUGCUGAUCCUGAGCAAAUGCUGUUGUCUUAUCUGCGAAAAAGACUCCAUCUCACAGGAACUAAGUAUGGCUGUGGAGGAGGUGGCUGUGGUGCCUGCACGGUGAUGCUGUCAGUCUAUGAGCCAGCUUCAAAGAAGAUAAGACAUUAUUCAGCAAAUGCAUGCUUGCUUCCCAUUUGCUCCUUGUAUGGUGUGGCAGUGACCACAGUGGAAGGUGUUGGAAGCACAGAAACCAGGGUUCAUCCAGUUCAGGAGAGGCUUGCCAAGUGCCAUGGCUCCCAGUGUGGUUUCUGCACCCCUGGAAUGGUGAUGUCCAUAUACGCUUUGCUAAGAAACCACCCAGAACCAACUUCAGAGCAGAUGAUGGCAUCUCUGGCUGGGAACUUGUGCCGCUGUACUGGCUAUAGGCCCAUCCUAGAUGCCUGUAAAACCUUCUGUAAGGAAUCCACUUGUUGUCAAGGAAAAGCAAAUGGAAAGUGUUGCUUGGAUCAGGAAGAUGAUAUAUUUGACAAGGAAGAGAAGGUUUCCACCAGACUAUUUUCAGCAGAUGAAUUCCAGCCCCUAGAUCCCACCCAGGAACUUAUAUUUCCUCCAGAACUUAUGAGAAUGGCUGAAAACCAACCCAAAAGAACUCUGGUUUUUCAUGGGGAGAGAAUGACAUGGAUUUCUCCUGCAAGCUUAGAGGAAUUGCUGGAUCUGAAAGCUGCCCACCCCAAAGCCCCUCUGGUGGUUGGGAACACCAGUGUGGGACCCGAGAUGAAAUUCAAAGGUGUGUUCCAUCCAGUUGUGAUUUCUCCUGCAAGGAUCCCAGACUUGAACGUGGUGCAAUACACAGAUGAUGGAAUAACUCUGGGAGCUGCCUGCAGCCUCUCUGUAGUGAAAGACAUCUUGACCAGUGCGAUCUCAGAGUUCCCUGAAGAGAAGACAAAGGUCUUUUGUGCUGUGGUGAAGCAAUUAACAACUCUGGGCGGAGAGCAGAUAAGAAACGUUGCUUCAAUAGGUGGGAACAUCAUAAGCAGAAAAUCAACCUCAGACUUGAAUCCUGUUCUGGCAGCCAGCAACUGCUUGCUCAACCUGGCUUCAAGAGGAAGAAGGCGACAGAUUCCUUUGAGUGAUAUUUUUGCAGAUGGAGUUGGUAACAAUACCAUUACACCAGAAGAGAUCUUAGUCUCUGUCCAUAUUCCUUAUUCCAGAAAGGGGGAACAUGUCUCUGCCUUCCGACAAGCACCCCGUCGGGAAAACGCCCUCCCAAUAAGCUGUGCUGGGAUGAGAGUCCUCUUUGAAGAAGGCACAGACAUCAUCAAGGAUUUCAGCAUUUUCUAUGGAGGGGCUGUCUCCACCACAACCUGGGCAAAACAGACCUGCCAGACACUUGUGGGAAGACACUGGAAUGAACAACUGUUGGAUGAAGCUUGCAGACUUGUUCUUAAAGAAAUUGCUCUUUCAGACUCAGCCAGUGGUAAAAAAAUAGAUUAUAAGAGAACUUUGAUGGUCAGUUUCUUCUACAGGUUUUUCCUGGAAGUGUUGCAGUCAUUGCAGAUAAUGGAUCCUUCCCACUAUCCUGGCAUACCUAUGGAAUAUAGGAGUGCCCUACAAGAUUUCAAGACCAAAAUGCCCCAGAGUAUACAAAUAUUCCAGGACACGGAGCCAAGUCAGUCACCCCAGGAUCCUGUGGGACGACCCAUUAUGCACCAGUCUGGGAUUAAGCAUGCCACUGGUGAAGCAGUUUACAUUGAUGACCUUCCUUCUGUGGAUGGAGAGCUCUUCAUGGCUGUUGUCACCAGUUCCAAAGCCCAUGCUAAGAUUGUAUCUAUAGAUUCCUCAGAGGCUCUAGAAGGACCAGGAGUGUUUGGUAUCGUAACAGCUGAUGAUGUACCAGCUACAAAUGAGUUUUACUACACUUAUGAGCCUGAGAUUGUCUUUGCAAGAAACAAGGUGAUUUGUGUGGGACAGAUUGUCUGUGCUGUGCUUGCAGACUCAGAUGUUCAUGCCAGACAAGCAGCUGCAAAAGUGAAGAUAGAGUAUGAAGUGCUGGAACCAGUGAUCUUAACAAUUGAGGAAGCUAUAAAGCACAACUCAUUCUUUGAGCCAAAAAGAAAACUAGAACAAGGGAAUGUUGAUCAGGCAUUUGACACUGUUGAUAAUAUAAUUGAAGGGGAGCUCCGCAUUGGGGGGCAGGAACACUUCUACAUGGAGACUCAGAGUGUGCUUGCUGUUCCAAGAGGAGAGGAUAAAGAGAUGGAUAUGUAUGUGUCAACACAGCACCCAACAACCAUUCAGGAGAUGGUAGCUGCAAGCUUAGGUGUUCCAGCCAACAGGAUCAUGUGCCAUGUCAGACGAGUUGGUGGAGCUUUUGGUGGGAAAAUCCUGAGAGCUGGCUUGUUGGCAUCAGCUGCUGCUGUGGCUGCAAACAAAAGCAAAAGAGCCGUCCGCCUGAUCCUGAGCCGAGGGGAUGAUAUGCUGAUCACUGGGGGCAGACAUCCUUUUCUUGCUAAAUACAAAGUUGGCUUCAUGAACGAUGGUAGGAUCAGAGCUGUGGAUACCAAAUAUUACAUUAAUGGAGGAUGCACCCCUAAUGAAUCUGUCGAGGUAGGAGAAGUAGCCUUAUUAAAAAUGGACAAUGCCUACAAGAUUCCCAACUUAAGAUGCUGGGCUUGUGUCUGCAAAACAAACUUGCCAUCCAACACAGCAUUCCGAGGGUUUGGCUUUCCCCAGGCAGGACUGGUGACAGAAACUUGGAUAACAGAAGUUGCAGAGAAAGCUGGUUUAUCACCAGAAAAGGUUAGGGAAAUCAAUAUGUAUAAGGGGAAUGAACAGACACACUUCAAACAACAGCUUGAUGCAGAAAACUUAAUACGGUGUUGGAAUGAAUGCAUGGAGAAAUCUGCAUACUACAGCAGGAAAGCAGCUAUCAGUGAAUUUAACAAACAAAAUUACUGGAAGAAAAAAGGGAUUGCCAUUGUACCACUGAAGUUUCCCUUUGGAAUAGGCACCCGUUACCUUUCUCAGGCUGCUGCUCUGGUUCAUAUUUAUACUGAUGGGUCUGUGCUUCUGACACAUGGUGGAGUUGAAAUGGGGCAGGGUGUUCAUACAAAAAUGAUCCAGGUUGCUAGUCGGGAACUGAACAUCCCCAUGUCACGCAUUCACUUCUGUGAAACAAGCACAACAACAGUUCCUAAUGCCUGUGCCUCAGCAGGGUCUGCAGGAACAGAUGUCAAUGGCAUGGCUGUGAAGGAUGCUUGCCAAACACUUCUGAAACGCCUGCAGCCCAUCAUGAACAAGAACCCAAAAGGAACCUGGAAUGACUGGGUUAAAGAAGCUUUUGAACAGAGUGUGAAUCUUUCAGCCACUGGCUACUUUGGAGGUUACAAUGAGAACAUGGAUUGGGAAAAAGGGGAAGGAAAACCAUUCUCUUAUUUUCUUUAUGGAGCUGCUUGUUCAGAGGUUGAAAUUAACUGUCUAACAGGAGAUCACAAGAACCUUAGAACAGACAUUGUUAUGGACGUUGGAUGCAGCAUAAAUCCAGCUGUGGAUAUAGGACAGAUUGAAGGUGCCUGUGUGCAAGGCAUUGGACUGUACACAAUGGAGGAGUUAAAGUACUCUCCAGAAGGAGCCCUCUGUACUCGGGGUCCAGAUCAGUACAAGAUCCCUGCUGUUUGUGAUAUUCCAGAGCAAUUUAGUGUUUCCCUGCUGUCAUCUUCCCAAAAUCCCUAUGCCAUCUAUGCAUCCAAGGGGAUAGGUGAGGCAGGAUUUUUCUUGGGAUGCUCUGUGUUCUUUGCACUGAGAGAUGCACUAACAAGGGUGAGGAAUGAAAGGGGACUGAAAAAGCCUUUUGCACUGAACAGCCCUCUGACUGCUGAACAAAUCCGGGCAGGCUGUGCAGAUGACUUCACUGAGAUGAUAAGAGGUAACAAAUGAUGCUUCCUCUUGUAUCUGUGUGAAUGACAAACCAGAGUGCACAAGACCUGGAUGGACUGGAAGGAAAAACUGAUUUACUGCCCCAAAACACACCAGUUGACUCACAGAUAUUUUCUCAUUUUCAGAAUAGAAUCAGCUACCAAGAAUAUGCACAUUACAUCUUCUAUCCUCAUCUUCCAUCUCCAUACAGUAUAUUCAUUCAGUACUUCACUUAAUUUACUGCAUUUAGUUGCUAGAAAUACAUAUUCUGCAUUUGAAGCAUAUAUACUCAAGAAUGAUCUGCCGAACAGCUCAGCUCAGAUGCUGCAGAAGAAAGUUAGGAUGAAUUAUAAAGGUAUGUUAGAUACCUUACUUAUCUCCUUAAUUACAGUGAGAUAAUUUACUGCCACUAACUACACUUAACUUCAUACGAUAAAUAACUUUUAAUGGCUUCAGCUGAUUUUCUCAUUUAGAUUUGAGUCUGGCAAUGAAGUGUGAGUGCAGAGAUCUUUGUUGAAGAAUCAGAACCUUUUUUUGUUGGAUUCAGUCCCUUUAUGAUCAGAAGUGAAGCUCUGAUUUGUAGUAAAGUGGCAUUAGAUUCUUUGGCACAAACAUUUUUGUGUUAAAAACACGUAAGAAACAAGACUCAACAUUUUCUCUUGCUGUGCCAGGCAGAUUGCUAUGGCUGACCUACAGACAUAGGAGAUUACUUCUGUCCCAGAGACGAGAAGAGUAAUUUAGUUGUAAUUUCCACUGGAAGCUUGCUUUUUCUCACAGAGGAAGCCAGAAGCCUCUGAACUCACAUGGAGUUCAGUGUGCUUUGACUUGGAGACUGGAUAAACCUGUCUCUGGAAAGGAUUCUUAAGCAGUGCUUAAUCCUCUGCUCAAGAUGAUACUGAUCUGUGAAAGCACAGCUCACAGCUUUCACUUUAGGCUGCUCCUGUGAUAAAGCAGAUAGAAAAAACAUAAUGAGAUCAAAAGAUGAUUUGCAAAGAUCAGUAAUCUGAUCUGCCCAGAGUGCAGUGGGAUUACACCAUGGCCAAGCAGUAGCAGCUGGAGGAAACAGAACAAUAGAGAGCAGCACUGUGUUAGCUGGAAACAGAAAUUCUGGGGUUAUUAAAUUUGAUGUAUGUAUAUAUUUGUUACUAAAGACCAGAACAUAUCAGAGUUAAUAUAUUAUGAAUGCUCAGGCCAUGCUAUUCAGAUCUCUGCAUUAGAAUCCACAAUGUUGAACUGCCUGAGAACUUCAGCCUUUCCUCCUCUUGAAGGGCAAAGCUGAGGUUUCAGGUCUGAUCACACACACACAAAUAUCCAUUGCAUUGGAUCUGGGAUACAUCCUUAUAUAGAGAAAACACUUUUUCAGUGAGUCUCCAGACAUUACUCAAACUAACAUCUGAAAAAUUGCAUACCCUCAAAUAAAAGCUAACUUGUAAAACUC